AUGGCGCCCUUGACUCCAUACACCUACAUCCGGUGCCCCUGUUCCGAGACGCGGGCGAGUGAGGACGGCUCCUCGACGCCCGGCAGCCCAGAGGACGAUGAGCGCACCUUCGACCCCCGCGCCCCGCGCGCCAACUUCAGCCUCUUUCCCCUGGAGCACUUGAUGUACUGCGAGGACUGCCACCAGAUCAGGUGUCCUCGCUGCGUCAACGAGGAGAUUGUCACCUACUACUGUCCCAACUGCUUGUUUGAGGUGCCUAGCAGUAACCUAAAAAGCGAGGGCAACAGUCUCGAGGAGCGGUCCGAAGCCAGCAGUCUCCUCACCGCUGACGCCUCUGCCCCGCAGGGCGGCCCAUACGUCCUAAACUGCUCAUACUGCAACUGGAGCUCGACCGAGAUUGGCAUCAAGUUUGACAGGCCCAAUGGCAUCCACGGGCAACUGGCGAAGCUGCAGAACGGCGGCAAGCCCAAGUUGACGCCCAAGGAGCACAAGGAGAGGAAGAAGGAGAGCGGGGCAGACUACUCGCUGGACGCAAAGGACAUGGACACGGAGCUGCAGUUUGCGCAACUCAAGUCGUUUUACCAGAACCAGCUUGGAAACUCCAACCCUUCUGCAGGCGGACUGUCGUCUCUCGGGGAUCUUGGGCUCUCCUCUCCCGGAUCUCUGUCGCGUAUCAUGAGUCUGUACACGGGAAACAACUAUGGCCACAAGCAGGCGCGGGGCAAGGUGCAGAUCAUGCGUGAGGCAGUCAGCACAGACGAGGGGCUGAAGGAGACGGACCUGGACGAGUCGGCGGCUAUCGAAAAGCUUCGCCAGACCGUCCUCGACGACACAGCUACCAUUGCCCAGAACGCCCACCAGCAGGACUCUGUGCGCUUCAGAGACGAGCUGAGGCCCAUCCCCUACCUGCUGAGAACCAAGCGGUCGAAGCGAUGCCCCAUCUGCAGGCACAUCAUCAGCAAGCCGGAAGCGAAGAUCUCCAACACCCGCUUCCGCAUUCGCCUCGUCGCGGGCAGCUACAUCCCGACCAUCACCAUCCGGCCGCUCGCCUCGGAGUCACAAAACAUUCCCUCCACGGCCAGGCCGCCGAUACCCCAGGAGCUGUGGCUCGCCCCGCUGAAGCCGGUGCAGUACCUCUUGACCUUCAAGAACCCCAUCUUCGAGACGGUCAAGGUGUCCCUGGCCACGCCGUCCAGCACGCCUGGCCGCUUCGCGAGCACCGUGACGGUGUUCUGUCCUCAGUUCGAGAUUGAUGCCAACACGGACAUGUGGGACGACGCGCUCAAGGACGACACCGAAAAGGAGCGCCGGAGAGGCGAGGAGGGCGCGCUGCUGCAGGCCGAGGUCGGCAAGAUUUACGAUCGCGGCCGCAACUGGGUCAGCAUCGUGCUGGAAGUCGUGCCGGCGUCGCUCAGGCUGGAGUCCAGCGGCAAGGCUGCCGAGGAUGCGCUCCUUGGGGACGAGGAUGUGCUGGAGAUACCCAUGUUUGUGCGCCUCGAGUGGGAAACGGAAGGCCAGGGGGAUGUCGGCACGGCGCAGGGCAAGGAUAAGGAGGCUAGAGAAAAGAGGGAGCUAGCAUACUGGUGCGUCUUGGGAGUUGGACGCAUCAGCCAGGAGUAG